GAAGAAGUACUUCUUACGUCGCUGGCGUGUGACGUCAUUGCUCUUCACGUGUGGACUUUCGGCUAUCACAACAUUUAGCUUGUUUAUGAACCGAUAUUACAAGUUAACUCUUCAUCUUCAGAUACUGACACACACACCAGGACAGCCAUGACCUCCCACUGUCGGCGGCCUGAACACGCAGCUCCUCCAGAUGUGUUCUACAACGCAGACGAGGCAAAGAAAUACUCCCAGAACUCUCGAAUGAUUGAGAUCCAGACCCAGAUGUCAGAGAGAGCUGUAGAGCUUUUAAACCUGCCAGAGGGACAGCCAUGCUUCCUGCUAGAUGUGGGGUGCGGCUCUGGUCUCAGUGGAGACUUCCUGUCAGAGGAGGGACACUACUGGGUCGGAGUCGACAUCAGCACUGCGAUGCUCGAUGUUGCUCUGGACAGAGAAGUAGAAGGAGACCUGUUAGUGGGGGACAUGGGCCAGGGGAUGCCUUUCCGAUCCGGCACCUUUGACGGUUGCAUCAGUAUCUCUGCCCUGCAGUGGCUCUGUAAUGCCGACAAGCGGUCACAUAGUCCUCCGAAGAGACUCUACACCUUCUUUAGUACGCUCUACUCUUCUCUGUCAAGAGGCUCACGUGCAGUUUUCCAGCUUUAUCCAGAGAACUCAGAGCAGCUUGAGCUAAUCACAACACAGGCCAUGAGGGCAGGCUUCGGUGGAGGCAUGGUGGUGGAUUACCCCAACAGCAGCAAAGCUAAAAAGUUCUUCCUGUGUCUGUUUGCUGGAGUAACAGGAGCCCUUCCCAAAGGAUUGGGAGCAGAAACUUCAGACCAAGCGGUUUCUAACCAGGUCCAGUAUUCAGGACAAAGAUGCCGGUACAAAAACAUGAAGGGGAAAUCAGUGAAGAAGGGACGAGAUUGGAUCUUUGAGAAGAAGGAGAGGAGGAGAAGACAGGGACGGGAGGUUCGAGCCGACACAAAAUACACUGCACGUCAGAGAAGACCUCAUUUCUAGCUGUGACUCAUGCAGCUGUGCCUUCAUUAGUGAUCAUGUGGACUUCAUUUUUCCAACUCUUCAAUUCAAGUGGAUGAGAUAAGAGCGUAAAAGAGUAAAAUGCUAUUAUGACCAUUCCUUUUUUUGCAUUUGGUCGAGUGUUUGGCAUUCUCUUUCUCACAAAUGUUAAUAAGAUUGACUGGAAGAUACCAAGUACAUGGACAAACAACUGUACUGCUUACACAGGAGACAGAGUUGGAAUUGAUGGCACCAAUAUUGUCAUAGAAUUAAAGCAAUUUUUAUGAAUUAUCAAAUGUCUGAUCAGCCGUUUAAUAAAAAUCUACAAACAAAAUG